AUGAGUCCCUGGACUACAUUACCCCGGUCAUGGGAGUUGGAGGAUGUUCAAGCAGUCUUGAAUGUCUUCGUGACAGCCCUCAGUGGCAUGUCUAUCUUCGUAUUCACCCGCUGCUACUGGUCACUUGGGGCGCGACAAGCUGCCAAAGGAAAGGCCGUGCCUGUAUCGUCCCUGCUCAGCUUGAACACUCCAGGCGAGGCUAUCGAUAUCCUCCUCCUGUUGAAAUCUCAUGCCUUCCAACAUUGGAAUAUUGUCGCUCAGAGCCUCGUUGUCAUUGCUCUCUCAAUCACAACCAUAUUAUCUGGUCCUAUUGCCAAAUACUCAACAAGACUGACCGAAGUCGUGGUACACACGGAGGUCAAUGGGCAUCUUGCGCAGAGAACAGAUAACAGCAUGCCAGUCUCACAAGUGCCGUGGAAUCUGACCCAAACGAGUCUCGAACGUGCCAAUUUUCCUGUUGACCAACUGCUGGACUACAUCCCCGACACUUCGGAUUUUUGGGUCUACCGUCCUGACGAAUGGAACAACACUUGGAGUAUGAGCUGCGAGACCAUCGAGUCAACGCCAGUGACCCUGUACCUCACGUCAGAGUGCGAUACUUUGACAGGGAAGUUUGGCGGUGCAAUAGAAGAUGAAAUUUUUCCUGCAUUUCUGACCAGUGACUACGGCUACUACGACGCUGGAGAUUUCUACACCAACGCAACGUUUAUCAAAGACUUGCUUCUCUGUAUGUAUGCGGCCAACUACUCAAAUUGGGAUGAAGCUCUCAGCCAUAUCGGGACAUACCGCAUGGUGAAUAUGUCCAUGGUAGCUUUGCAUGUUCACCACGCACCGAAGAAUGCGUCUGAUGAUUACGCCCCAUGUCGGUUUGGUGAGGGCCCGGUGGGCUCUGCUUCAUAUACGCGGGUUGAUUGUACUGUCCAGCUCACCAACGAUCGCAUACCGGAUCCAGAUUGGAUAGGAUUCCCCGAUGUUGACGAUGUUUUUAGCAUUCCUUCCGCAAUGGUAAACAACUACUUCACACGCUUUAAAGACGAGUCAAUGGCGGACCAGAAGAUUUCCACCAUCAGCGCAAGAGAGCUGCAACGUUUCUAUCAGACCUACAUGAUCACAAAAGACACUCAACGGAAGCGGACAGCCAAACGGACAAUAAGCGUCCGUGUUCCUGCCGUGCAACUAUCCAAUGCAUUUAUUGCGGUGUUUAGCAUUCUUGCUGCCUUCAUUUGCCUCGGGGGACCAGUCUAUGGUCUCUUCCGUUUCAUACACCGACGAGCCAUGGACUCAUUGCCGCAGACAAAGCUUGAUUGGUUGUUAGAAUGCAUCAUGUCACGGUCUCCAAACCCAAGCUAUGUGGGUAGUCGAGGGCCAAUACCAUCGACCGUCACCAAACCCACGGCACCAGUACCCUGGCAUAUACGAGCAGAUAGGAAACGGGCCCAGUUUGAGGCCGCGACUUACAGCACAAAGUGGGCGGAAGAACCCCCUAACUCACCCUUCGAGUACGUUCACGCAGUAUCACCAGUCCUCCCGGAUAAAGACUCUUCAGGUAGUCGAGCCCAGCCAGAUCUCGGCUUCUGGAGUUCAUACCCACAAGAAAACAGACCAAUGUGA